UUUUCAAAUCAAGAAAUGGCGUAGCCUUAUUGGCUAGGGAAACAGUUUAUGCGCAUGCGUUCUUCGGGAAAUAGAAAUGUUGCAUUCAUACCUGUCGGAAAUGGCGGUUAUAGACGGGCAUAGUACAUUCAUACCUGCCAUAGCGCCAAUAUGUAAUAAUUUAAGACGUUACAUAGGUUAACUAUAUAUUUGCAGAAAAAAAGCAGAUAAAAUCAGGUGAAAUCUGAAAACGUCAAACAUUACAUACAUUUUCGUAUUUUUCCUACACUAGCAUUUGAAUGCAUUCUGGACGUUGGAUACGUUCUCAAAUUUUCAUCUCCUGCAGGUCUCAGCAGUAGGAAUUUACUGAUAACACUUGAAGGCAGCAGGAGAAGGAACAGGAAAUGAAAGCUUUGUUUUGGGCAGACACUUUGCUCCGAGCAGACGGUGCAACACGUAGCUUUUCAUCCAUCCUGCCGUCCUGAGCCGGGCCUCUUUUCUCCACCAUGGACACCCUUGAGGAGGACCUGACGUGCUCGGUGUGCUACUCACUGUUCUCUGACCCGCGAGUCCUGCCGUGCUCACACACCUUCUGUAAGACCUGCUUGGACAACUUGCUCCAGGUGUCCACCAACUAUUCCAUCUGGCGUCCCCUCCGCCUGCCGCUAAAAUGCCCCAACUGUCGCAGCGUGGUGGAGCUGCCCCCAGCGGGCGUAGACGCUCUGCCCACCAACGUAUCUCUGCGGGCCAUCAUCGAGAAAUACCAGAGCGAUAGCGAGCCGCGACCCCCUUCCUGUCAGGAGCACCCCAGGCAGCCUCUGAACAUGUACUGCAUCGAGGACCGGCAACUGAUCUGCGGGCUGUGUCUGACUGUCGGGCAGCACCAGGGCCAUCCCAUAGAUGACCUGCAGGCGGCAUACAUCAGAGAAAAGCAGACCCCAUCGCUACUGUUGGCCAAACUCUCUGAGUGUAGAUGGGCGCAGGUGUGUGAGCUCGGGGAGCAGCUGGAGCAGGAGAAGUCUCACUGUGAGGGUCUGCUGAGGCAGGACCGCCAGGAGGUCAUUCAGUUCUUUCAGACACUGGAGGCGGUGCUGACCAGGAAGAGACAUGCCUACCUGGAGGCCCUGGAUAAAGCUGGUGUGGAGGUGUCCCGGGCCUACGACCCGCUCAUCCACAGAGUAAAGGAGCUGCAGGAAGAACAGUUGGACCUGGUGUCCUUGGGUUCAUCAGUAGAUGAGGAGGACUCGCCGCUGGUCUUCCUGGAGCAGGUGCAUUUGUUCAGAGAGAGGGUGGAGGAGUUUAUUAAAACACCUCUGCCCUCCAUGAUAAACCUCUCAGUCACCCCGCGGGCAGCAGAGCACCUCCAGCAGCACUGGCCAGCUGUGACCAUCGGUAGCCUGGAGGAAGCACCUGUCCCUAAGGUGUGCUGCUGUUCCAGAUGCGGCAGCGUGGAGACUGGUGUGGAAGUGGAAGCAGUGAGGGAUCGGUCCGACAGCUGGGUGCAGAACACGUGGCGUCAGGUGCAGCCUUCUUCUUCGUUGGUGCUGCUGGGGCUGCUGCUGCUGGCAGCGCUGUGGAUCAACCCGGUCGGAGGGGCGUCACUCAGCUUCUCUCGGUUCAGUCAGUUACUCCACGGUCUGAGCAGUGAACUGAUCACAACUAUCUGGGACAUGGCAGGGUCAGCAUACACAGUGAUGGAGGCCACCGCAGAGAGGUGGAGCGCUCACCUCUCCUCUGUGGGUGAAAAGGCCUUCCAGCAGCUGGCGGCUUUAUUUAAAACUCUGACAUCCAACUGAAAGAGACCAAACUGGAACCCUCAACUUUCAUUUAGAAACUGAGAAAGUCUCACGUGUGUUUUCACGAAGUGUUUUCCAAAACAGGGAACAUAAUAUUUUGCUGUCAGCUUCACAACGAAACAAGUUUUUUAGAUUUAGACCAACAUUAAAUCUUAUGUGAUGACAGUGGAGUUAAUAGACCACAAUGCAGUGCUGGUACUCUUCCUGAACUUGAAAAUUCAGGUAAUGAGAUAUUCAAGGCUGAUUGAGGGAAUAUUUACAUAAGAAUAAUAAUAGAAUUUAAUAUAACAUUAAUAUUCAUUCAACUAAAACAGAUAGACAAAGUUAUGUCUACUCAGAUGGUGAAUUUUCCCCUUCAGCCUCACUUUAAAGAUUCUGGGGAGCCUAUGCACCCCAGGGGGAGCAUGGGAUAGGAUUUGCAUGCUUGGGAACUGCACAGAAAAUAUUACAAUACUGCUGUCGAAUUCUUUUAAAAAACGCAUGCUGUUUAUGUAUCUGUAAAUCUUUUUACAUAUUGUAGCGUUAUGUUUCUUUGUGGUCUAUUACUGUUGGUUUACCAUUUUGCACAAUAAUGGACAUUUUUUAAACAGAUUAAGGUUCGCUAAAAUCCAAGUGAAAGUGUUCAUAGACUUUCCUUUCCCAUCAUGCAGUGGGGCAAUUCAGUUACUUUCCCCCCUUGUCAGAGAGCUCAGGACAGGAGUACAGAUAUACAUGUAUCUCCUUACACACGACUGUUUGCUGUAUGUGAACUUUAGAGCCUGGUGAGUGGACCCGACUUCACCCGACCCGAGUCCACAGGUCAUGUUGCAGUGAUGCACAGCUGACGGGCUCCCUUGCUGUGCCUUUAACCCCCUUGCCUUACCUCGCCUCAUUUAAUAGCCUUAUAGUAGUGGACUGUACCACCAGGAUCAAUAGAAAGUGCUUAGGACAGUACUCUUUUUUUACAAUGGUACUGACAUACAGUCUAUUUUUAAAUGAGUAUAGUCUUUGGAAAAGUUUAACCAGCGCAUCCAACAAAUGUUAGUUAUUUUGCUCAACCAGACUUCCCGAGUAUCUGUCAGAUAUCAGUUAUGUACACAUAUACAAACUAGGAUCUUAUGUUACUGCAAGCAUCUGACAGAACAAAUGGCACUUUGCUCAAUGUUUCAGCAGUAUAUGGUAUGUAUAUAGUAUGGUGUAUUUUUCUAAACUUUCUCACUUAUAUUUUAAAAUUAUCAUAAUACAUUUCUUUAAAUGCUU